CCUUUUUUAGAUGUGGUCGCUACAAUCCCAUAAUGCCCUGCUCAGCACGCUGGCUGCUGGAAUGUCCUAAAUAAGCGCGGAUUAUGUGAGUUUCUCUCUCAGAUUGAGAGUAAAGCCACAGCUCUGCAUCUCUUCAUAUCUCUGCUGCUUGGCUGGGUGCAGGAAUGAGCGCGGCGGUGGUGCACAGAGGAUUCCUCAGGAAAUAUGGUGGCUUCAUGUUCAAACAAUGGAAGGAAAAGUACCUGGUGUUGACGGUGGAAGGAAAUCUGAUGGUAUGCCGAGAUGCAGACUCACCACCGGACCAGGUGGUGGCGCUGCAGAGUAACUGUGAGUCCAUAGUGGAGGGUAAAGAAAUCUUGGAUUUGCCUCGUUUGCCCUCUGGAGGCCGCAGAGACAGCUGCUUUGCCCUUAUCCUGCCCCAAGACAAGUUCCUCCUCCUGCUCUCAGACAGUCCAGACGAGUGCACUCAAUGGCUGAAGUUACUCAGGAAGGUGAAAGAGGGUGUGACUUCACCACUCGCCCUGAAGAGACAGCAGAGCAUCACACCCUGCAUCACGGACAGAGAGCCGCUUCCAGAAGUCUCCAGUGAAAAAGAACCCUCGUCCCCACACCUCAGCGACAAGGGCCUAAGCUCCCCGCUGGUCCGCUCCAGAGAAAACUCCUUCAGACACAGAGGCAGUGUAAACCAGCGGCCUCCCCACAGCCCCACCACGGCUGUGCCCCUUCGCUCUCCAGACUGUCUGCGGCACGGAAACAGCAGCGACGCUCGGGCUGUGAGAGCGGUCUGUCUGCUGAUGGGUGGAGCAGCCUCAUCCUCGGCCCUGGGAUACCUCAACUCCUGUCCACCCGCCACCUCCAACAUGGCCGUCCAUGCUCCUGAAGUGACCCACUCCACAGCAUUAUCAGAGAUGAGUGGAGGCAGCUCUUACCAUGCCUGCAGCCAAGCCAUAGAGUCGCCACAUUUUAACAGCUUCGACUUUGAGGGAGACUCAGAUUUUGAUGCUUUUGACUGUGGAGGGUUUGCUUUUUAAUGGAAUAUGUUUACCUUAUUCGCAGGGUUCCCACAGUCAUGGAAAUGUUAGGGAAUUUGACAUUUUUUUAUUUUCAGGACCAGAAAGACAUCUCUUUAAAAAGUCAUGAAAAUUCCUGUAAUGAAUAUGUCUACAGGAUUGUUCUUUUUUUUUUACACAUAGUAGUUUUUUUACACACCGCCACCGUCACCGGAUUAUUGAUCACCUGCACCUGCACUCUGUAACCAAGGCCUCUUCAUAAACGCUCCGCACUCAGUCUUUCAUUGUCCUGUCUACAGUUCACUUAUCUGACUCUCUCAUGCUACUAACCUGGUUGUACUUACCCCCAGAUGCUCCAGCACUCUCCCGAUCCUGUUCUCCUUGACUCCAGCACAAUUCCCGAUCAACCUGCAAAGGACACUACACCAGUUACCUCAGAUAAGAACCCAAGAACUGUUCAACAUGUUUCUACUCACCUCCUCACCGUUCCUGCCAUUACAUUCUGCAACUCAUUCAAUAAACAUACCUGUUAUUGCACUAAACCCCUGUCUCCGGCCUGUGUUGUGACAGAAGACCGGACCUUAACAUUCACCUCCAUGGAUCCCUGCUGUUGUCCUGGAGGAAAUAGUCAAUACCCUCUGGACUUCACUCACGCCAGUCUCCUCUCUGCCUGCUGCCUCUAAGACCCAUGGCUUUGCCUGCCUCCUUCGCUGGUGAUGCAGCUGAGUGUGGUGGCUUCCUGCUACAAGUGGCUCUGUUCAUUGAGAUGCAACCACAGAAAUUUCUCACCAGACACUUCAAGGUAGUUUUUCUCAUUUCUCUAUUUGACUGGCAAAGCUAUGCUGUGGGCUUGUGCAAUAUGGAACGCCAAUAGUAUCGAAAAUCAAUUAGUAUGAUGCUUUCAAUUACCAUUUCAAGGAGGUGUUUAGUUCAGCUUACCGGAGCGAUGUCGGUGUCAGAUCAGCUGCUGCGGCUGUGACAGGGUGCCUCUUCCACCAGUGACUACACUCUGCAAUUUUGCACGCUAGAAGCUACUAGCGAUUGGAAUGAGGUGGCUUUCUUCAGUGCCUAUCGUCAAGGAUUGAAUCCGCGCAUCCGCGCAGCCAUGUCUAUCUAUGAUGACACGGUUGGACUGGAAAGCUUUAUGCAAAGAGCCACCCGCAUUUCUCAGCACUUGUCAACCCACUGAAGCCACUCACCAGCCACUCUCCCGUUAGACUCCCCCCGCCCUGUGGUGAGUACUUAUCUAUUGGAACCAGAAAUUUCCACGCUAUUUCUAAAUAUCUCCUCGUCGACUCGGGCUCCUCUGGCAAUUUUAUAUCACAAGACCUCCUAAGCCAUCUACACCUGCCCCGAAAACGCCAUGCCCAGGAGCUCUGAGUCUAAACCAUCCAGUGAAAGCCAGGGGCAUGGGAGGGUGAUGUAUAAAGCCCCCCCCCCCUUGAGGUUACGCAUUGGAUGUCUGCAUGAGGAGACAGUCAUGUUUCUGGUACUGGAGGGACCCACUGUGGACAUCAUCCUGGAACACCCCUGGUUAUCCACUCUCCAGAUGUCAGAUGGGAACAUUGUGAAAUAACUCGCUGGAGCGAGUUCUGCCAGCAAAACUGUCUCACCACGGUACCCAAGCCUAGUUUUACUCUGAUUCCAGCCCAAAUCGCAUCCACCCUAGUUGAGAGCCCCAAGACUUCUGAAGUUCCCACCAUGUCUUCAGCAAGCAGACAGCCACCCACCUUCCACCUCACAGGCCAUGGGACUGUGCCAUCGAUCUGCUGCCUGGGGCCAAGCUACCCAACAGUAAAGUAUACCCGCUGUCCAUCCCGGAACUCAAGGCUAUGGAGGAUUAUAUCCAGGAGACUCUGCAUCAGUGAUUUAUACAACCCUCCACCUCGACUGCUGCCUCCAGCUCUUUCUUCU